AUGCAGCUCACCAAAGCAGGCGUCUUCCUGGGGGCGCUGAUGGGCGGGGCGGCGGCGCAGCAGGUGGGCACGCAGACGGCCGAGAACCACCCCAAGAUGACGUGGAAAAAGUGCACGGGCAAGGCGUCGUGCACGACGGUCAACGGCGAGGUGGUCAUCGACGCCAACUGGCGCUGGCUGCACGACGCCAGCAGCAAGAACUGCUACGACGGCAACAGGUGGACCGACUCGUGCCGGACGGCGUCCGACUGCGCCGCAAAGUGCUCGCUCGAGGGCGCGGACUACGCCAAGACGUACGGCGCCUCCACCAGCGGCGACGCGCUGUCGCUCAAGUUCGUCACCAGGCACGACUACGGCACAAACAUUGGCAGUCGCUUCUACCUCAUGAACGGAGCUUCCAAGUAUCAAAUGUUCAGCCUGCUCGGCAACGAGUUUGCCUUUGACGUGGAUCUUUCCACCAUCGAGUGCGGGCUCAACUCGGCGCUGUACUUUGUUGCCAUGGAGGAAGAUGGUGGCAUGAAGAGCUACUCGAGCAACAAGGCUGGUGCCAAGUACGGAACGGGCUACUGCGAUGCUCAGUGUGCUCGUGAUCUCAAGUUUGUUGGAGGCAAGGCAAACAUUGAAGGAUGGAAGCCGUCGUCCAACGAUGCCAACGCCGGAGUCGGUCCGUAUGGUGCCUGCUGCGCCGAGAUUGACGUUUGGGAGUCCAACGCCCACGCCUUUGCAUUCACUCCUCACCCUUGCACCGACAACAAGUACCACGUCUGCCAGGACAGCAACUGCGGUGGCACAUACUCUGACGACCGGUUCGCUGGCAAGUGCGAUGCCAACGGAUGCGACAUCAACCCCUACCGUCUGGGCAACACCGACUUUUACGGCAAGGGCAAGACGGUCGACACCUCCAAAAAGUUCACCGUCGUGACCCGCUUCGAGCGCGACGCCCUGACGCAGUUCUUUGUGCAAAACAACAAGCGCAUCGACAUGCCCAGCCCGGCGCUCGAGGGCCUCCCCGCGACGGGCGCCAUCACGGCCGAGUACUGCACCAACGUCUUCAACGUCUUUGGCGACCGCAACCGCUUCGACGAGGUCGGCGGCUGGUCGCAGCUGCAGCAGGCCCUGUCGCUGCCCAUGGUCCUCGUCAUGAGCAUCUGGGACGACCACUACUCCAACAUGCUCUGGCUCGACUCGGUCUACCCGCCCGACAAGGAGGGCUCCCCGGGCGCCGCCAGGGGUGACUGUCCCCAGGACAGCGGCGUGCCGUCCGAGGUGGAGUCGCAGAUUCCUGGCGCUACCGUCGUAUGGAGCAACAUCCGCUUCGGACCCGUCGGCUCUACCGUUAGUAAGUAA